GUGUUGUGAGCUGAUCUCUAGGAUAGAAACUUCACGUAUACCUCUACAAAAUCUCUGGAUUUAAGCGACUAAGUGCUCGAAAUGCCUAAAGUUAAAGCAGAAAAGAAAUCUCGACAACACCAAGAGGUGAAAAGUCAAGGGAUCAUGUUUAACACGGGUAUUGGACAGCAUAUUCUGAAAAAUCCCUUGGUGGUUAACGGCAUUAUUGAGAAGGCAGCCUUGAGACCAACGGAUGUAGUGCUGGAGGUCGGACCUGGAACUGGAAACAUGACAGUGAAGCUUCUGGAAAAGGCCAAAAAAGUAGUAGCGUGUGAGCUGGACACCAGGCUCGUGGCUGAACUACAGAAACGAGUGCAGUGCACACCGAUGCAGACAAAGCUUCAGAUUUUGGUUGGUGACGUUUUGAAGACUGAACUGCCAUUCUUUGAUGUGUGUGUAGCAAAUUUACCCUAUCAGAUAUCAUCACCCUUUGUCUUCAAGCUGUUACUUCACAGACCUUUCUUCAGAUGUGCAGUGCUGAUGUUCCAGAGGGAGUUCGCCAUGCGGCUGGUGGCAAAGCCUGGAGAUAAGCUCUACUGCAGACUUUCCAUCAACACACAACUACUGGCCAGAGUGGACCACCUCAUGAAGGUUGGGAAAAACAAUUUCAGACCUCCUCCUAAAGUGGAAUCUAGUGUGGUCAGGAUAGAACCAAAAAAUCCACCACCUCCCAUCAAUUUUCAGGAAUGGGAUGGUCUCGUCAGAAUUGCAUUUGUAAGAAAGAACAAAACUCUGAGCGCAGCCUUCAAGUCUGCUGCUGUUGAGCAGCUUUUGGAGAAGAACUACAUAAUUCAUUGCUCCAUGCACAGUAUAGAAGUACCACAGGACUUCAGCAUUACCCAGAAACUUGAGAGCGUUCUACAGGAAGCUGAGUUUAGUGAAAAACGGGCACGAUCAAUGGACAUAGACGACUUCAUGGUACUACUUCAUGCAUUCAACUCAGCUGGGAUCCACUUUUCCUGAAGCGCCAUCACAGGCUGGAUUGUUUAGUGAUAUUGAUGAUCACACAUUUUAUUUAUAGUGUGCCUUCAGUUCCAUGUUAAUCUCAAGGUGUUAC